AUGGCAAAAGGGAAGCAGAAGAGGAGCUCAGCAGACGCGUCUUCAGUGGGGGGCGUGAAAACAACUCAAACAGAGAUGAAACAACCAGAUAGACGUGAUUCUCUGUCCCUCGCUGCCUUUGUUGUGGUUGUGGCUCUCUGCGUGGCGCCGCUGACAGCUCACACAUCUACCUCUGGCUUCCUUCAUCGGAAGCACAUAGUCCUGAAGAUGGAUGAGGCACUUCUGAAAGUCAACAAUGAGGUGGACACUGAGGUGGUGGUGUCCUGGGUGUCAGACCGCUGCUACCAGUGUCUGUACCAGCAGCUCGGGGUGGUUCCUGCAGGGUCCAGUCCUGGUCAGCCCAGUUCAGCAGACUUCAUUGUGAGCACGCAGCAUCAAAUGACACUGCAGCUCAACAGCACUUCUGUCAAAAUGGAGCUCUGCAAGGUCCCCUUCCACUUCGGCGAGCACGGAAACUACUCGCUGUGGGUGAAAAAUCUGAACGACUCCUCGGUGGUCGACUGCUCGGUGGUGACGGAUGAAGAAGCCAUCAACAGCUACAUCCCCGUCCUGAUAGCUUUCGUCAUCUUUGCUGGACUCGCCUUGAUGUCUACCGUCGGAAGAACGAUAUAUGGGCUUGAAGUCGUCAGGGGGAUCCUCUUCAGAAUCGGCGGCUCCAUGGAAACCGAGCGGCUCAUAAACUCUGAGUUGGGCUCCCCUGGCAGGAUAGUACCGCCGGUGACUGACAACAUCCUCCCUCCACUGCCCAGCCCCAGCAAGAGGCUGCGAUCUCUGGACACAUUCAGAGGUAUCUCCUUAGUCAUCAUGGUGUUCGUGAACUACGGAGGGGGGCGAUACUGGUUUUUUAGACAUGAAAGCUGGAAUGGGCUCACUGUUGCAGAUCUUGUAUUUCCUUGGUUUGUAUUCAUUAUGGGGACAUCCAUCGCCCUGUCAAUCAACUCCCAGCUCCGCUCAGGCUCCACCCGCUGCUCAAUGCUGAGGAAAGUAAUAUGGAGGAGCCUCCAGCUCUUCAUCAUCGGCGUCAUCAUCAUCAACCCAAACUACUGCCAAGGACCAUUAUCGUGGAACAACCUGCGGAUCCCAGGUGUGUUACAGCGUCUGGCCUGCUCAUAUCUAGUAGUAGCAUGCUUGGAUUUGUUGGUGGCAAGAGGUCAUCUCGACAUCCUUACUACGGAUGCAUGUUGGUCCCCUGGACUUGAUAUCCUUCUGUACUGGCCAGCCUGGCUGUGUGUGCUUCUCUUAGAAACCGUCUGGUUAUGCCUCACUUUUCUCCUCCCAGUACCAGAUUGCCCAACAGGCUAUCUGGGUCCAGGUGGGAUUGGGGACAUGGGCCUGUAUGCUAACUGCACCGGUGGAGCAGCUGGUUAUAUUGACAGGUGGCUGUUGGGAGAUUCCCACAUCUACCAGAAUCCCUCAUCACGGGUGAUUUAUGGAACUCAUAUGCCAUAUGAUCCAGAAGGGAUUCUUGGAAGCAUCAACUCCGUCCUCAUGGCUUUUCUUGGAUUACAGGCAGGGAAAAUAAUCUUACACUACAGAGACGUUCACACAAGUAUCAUAUCAAGGUUCCUCAUAUGGGGUCUCUUACUGGGAGUCAUAUCAGCAGCUCUCACCAAGUGCUCCACAGACCAGGGCUUCAUUCCUGUCAACAAGAACCUAUGGUCCCUCUCCUAUGUCACCACACUGGCCUGUUUUGCAUUCGUGCUGCUGGUAGUUGUGUACUACACCGUGGAUGUGAAGAAGUGGUGGUCAGGGGCACCUUUCUACUACCCUGGUAUGAACUCCAUCCUUGUGUACGUGGGCCAUGAAGUGUUUGAGGAGUACUUCCCCUUCCGUUGGCGCAUGGUCAACAGCCAAUCCCACGCCGAGCAUCUCACUCAGAACCUCUUGGCUACCUCCUGUUGGGUCCUCAUCUCCUACCUGCUCUACAGAAAGAGGAUUUUCUGGAAAAUUUAAACGAUGAGACACUCAAACGAUAUCACCAGCGGACAUUGUUUACAUCAGAGAUGCUGGAGUUGACUUCUUCUUGGAACACAGGAUUGUCUCAUUUUCUAAAAACUUUGGCUGUUCUUUGUUGUUCUUUGUGAACAAAUAUGGGGUUUGUCUUUCAUGCAAGAACCUUUUUAUUGUUUCUUUUUUUUAAUUUGUAGUCACUACUUCAUAGGAUCAUGAAUGUGUAAAGACUUUCCAAAGACUUACAGAUAAAUAGCAGAGUACCCCAAAUAUCCUAACUGACUUAGGAAUAAAAUGGAAGAAUGGUUUUAGACUAGAGCCAGCCGAUAAUGUUGGCCAAUAUUAGCUAAUCCAGUGACUAUCGUAUUGGCUAAUUUUAUCGCAGAUAUGGGCCAAUAUUGCUAAAUUUAUUCACCUGUCAAAUCACAUUUUAUUUGAGUUUCAUUGUAUUACACUAGCAGUUCUCUCUUUCACCAGCAGAGGGCGCACAGGGGUACAUGCAAAGUUGCUUUCCAGAUGAGUCUUCAUUAUAUAUCUUUUCCACAAGUGUUUGAUAACUGCAUUUGAGGGAUUAAUGCAAUACAUAUGUAUAUCUAUCUCUACGGAUCAAACAUAGAUCUAAGAAAGAUAUCGGUCAAAAUCAAUAUCAGUAUUGGCCCCAAAGACCUCAUAUCGGUCGUGCACUAUUUUAGACUUUAAGAACUACGAAGGCUGACAAUAAGGACAGACAGUAAGUGUCAAUGUUCUGGUUUUUAUUCCUCAUUUUGCACCACAGACUUCAGCAGAAGGCUGGUAUGGUUUAAAAGUUCCUUUUUUUUUUUACUUUCCUAUGGUAGGAUCCCUGCUUCCAUCAAAAGUACGGUGGCAUUACUCUGAAAACUGAAGUGGGUAUUGAUGAGAUUGACUCCUCUAGAGCAGAAGAAGACUGUAAAGAAUUUGCACCUAUUAGAAAGUCCACUACAGAAACAGGAAACAGAACGUUAAACAUCUGCAUUAAGGUGUUCCUUUGUCUAAGUGGGCAUAAUCAUUUCACCAGCUAUUGUCAAGUGGUGUGGCAGGACAUUAUACUGCUUGUUACCCGUUUAACAGGCUGAGGGGAAGUGAAGAUAGUUACGUCAGCUGACUUUUGAAACCCAACAAAGGACGCUUGUUCUGCAGUUUGACUACAUAGGAGGCACGCAUGUGUUUAUCGUUUUGAUCAGGGGUUUGUUUUUUUAAACACAAUGCACAGAUAUAGCCUUCUUUGAUGUCUUACAAAUGCCCUUUUUGUAUAUUAGCAUUGGCACAAAGAGUUUGCCAAAAAUGUCAAGAAAGUACUUCUGCUGUGUAUUAAUUAUGUACUGUAGGUUCAUUGAUUUGAAACCCUAUAUAUGAUGAUGUCGGGUCUGUGCCCAAAACUGCUGCCAUUACUUUUAAAAAAAAGAUUUAUAUGCAAAACACAUCAAGUUCACCAUCUGUAAACUAUUAAAAAAAAUCUAAAGGAAUACUUUUCAUCUAGAACUGUCUUAAUAGAUUAAGUUCAUUUACAAACUUUUAUACUUUUUUUUUUUUAAUGUUCAACAUUUAAAAAUGAAUUUAUGUAAUAAAAAUAACCUUUAAAAAAAA